AUGGCUAAUUACUCAGAGGCCCACAUUUGCCAGUGCUUGAGUCGCCUGUCGACGCUCCGGCGAAACUCAACGGUGACGAUAACGGGAGACCGGCAAAAAACGGGCAUGCAGUUUGUGGAUGGAGUUUUGGGCCUGGUCCGUGGGCUUCUUCAACUUGGCCUCAAGACCGGUCACGUCGUCUCCAUCUCUGCUCUCAACAGUGAUUUGUAUCUGGAGUGGCUGCUUGCUAUUGCUUAUGUUGGUGGAAUUGCUGCUCCUCUCAACUAUCGUUGGAGCUUGGAAGAGGCAAAAUUGGCAAUGGAGGUUGUGCAGCCAGUCUUACUUGUCACUGACUUGAGCCCGGGUUACUGGCAUUCCGAGUUCCACAUUGAUUUAGUACCAUCUCUGCAAUGGCAUAUCUCAAUGGAUACACCUGUUAAUGCCAACUACACUGGGACUGAUUUAACUACUGAGUUGCUUAAGAAGCCUACUGGAAGAUCAGUAAAUAUCGACUACAAUUGGGCACCUGAGAGAGCUGCAAUUAUAUGCUUUACCUCAGGUACCACGGGAAAGCCGAAGGGAGCUACCAUAAGCCAUUUGGCUUUAGUCAUACAGUCCCUGGCAAAAAUUGCAACUGUUCACUAUAAUGAGCAUGAUGUCUAUUUGCACACUGUUCCAUUAUGUCACAUUGGUGGAAUAUCAUCAGCCAUGGCCAUUUUAAUGGCUGGAGGUUGUCAUGUUAUAAUACCCAAGUUUGAAGCUAAAUUAGCAAUUGAAUCCAUUCAGAAACAUCACGUGACUUCCUUUCUCACUGUUCCCACAAUAAUGGCUGAUUUAAUCUCCUUUGAUAGGAUGAAGGAAACAUCUGAACAGUUAGAGACUGUGAUGAAGAUUCUAAAUGGAGGUGGUUCCUUGUCAACGAAUCUCAUUGAAGAUGCCACCAAAAUCUUCCCAAGGGCCGAACUUCUUUCAGCUUAUGGGAUGACAGAGGCAUGUUCUUCUCUAACCUUCACGACCCUUCACAAUCCAACAACAGAUAAACAUUACCACCAAUUGUCUGUUGCCAAAAAAUCCAAAUUUAGCUGUCCUGGGGGUGUCUGUGUCGGUAAGCCUGCACCACAUAUCGAAGUAAGAGUAAGAGUAGAGGAUUAUUCGAAUGCUGGGAGAAUAUUGACGAGGGGUCCCCAUGUAAUGCUCCGUUAUUGGGAUCAAAUUCCACCUAAGAGUUCUGAUCCAGGUUGGCUCGAUACAGGAGACAUGGGGCAGAUAGAUGAUUAUGGUAACCUCUGGCUCAUUGGGCGUGCUAAGGAUCGAAUCAAGAGUGGAGGGGAGAAUAUUUACCCUAAUGAGGUAGAGGCAAUCCUAGCCCAACAUCCAGGGAUCUCAGGCACUGUUGUAGUUGGAAUUCCAGAUCCACGGUUGACAGAGAUGGUAGUUGCCUGUAUUAAACUAAAAGACAGUUGGCAAUGGUCUGAUUUAAGUUUUGAUCACUCAGCAAAAGACACAGCUAACUCUUUAUCCAGCGAGAUCCUUAGGAACUUUUGCAGGGAAAAGAAUUUGACAGGGUUUAAAAUUCCCAAAAAGAUUUUAUUAUGGAGGAAUACAUUUCCAACGACGAAGACUGGGAAACUGAGAAGAGACCUAAAAAUAAUUGGCUGCAUCAGAAUUGAAGUUGAGUCAAUGGUGAAUAAAUGA